AUGGGAACAGAUUCAUCCAAGCAUAAUAGAGGUAGGAAUUCAAAUACGGAUUUAUCCAUACUUUUAAAUGGCAGACUUGCCGAAGGACAAUUUAAUACGAAGUUUAUUGGAAAUAAUAGUAUGAGUUCGUAUGAAUUCGAUUUGAUGUACCUAUUAAAAACUGAAAUCAAAGAUGAAACACAGUUAGUAGGUGUUGAACAAGCGCCUGGCUAUGUGUCUUCUGUUCGCUGUCUUGGAGUUCUUGUUCGCACGAUCUUAGGUGAAGUGAACAUGCCAGAGACAUUGCUCUUGCCUAUCGGCGCACGCUAG